GGAGGAAGAGAAGCGUUGAGGCAGAGCCAGCCGCCUCCAGCUCCGGCAGCCCUCCCAGCAAGCAAGGCGGCGGAAAGAAUGGCUCUCCGGCGCAGCGUCGGAUCCCUCGCGCUCCGCUCCGCCGCCGCCUACCUCCGCCGCCACUGCCCCCUUCCCCCUCCUCCACCCGCCCUUGCCGCCCCCGCUCCCAUCCGCCGCCCGCUCGCCCCGCAGUGCCGCCACUUCGCCGCGCCGCCUGGUACUCAGGCCAAUAGGAAGGGAGGCAAGGAGGACGACGAUGACAAAGCGGGCCUCCGCAUCAACAACGCCAUCACCUCUCCCUUCGUCAGGCUCGUCUCAGAUGAUGGCCACAAUGUUGUCCCCAGGCAUGAAGCGCUGCAGAUAGCUGCCAGGAAGGACAUGGACUUAGUUGAGGUCGACAGAAAAGCAAACCCUCCUGUAUGCAAAAUCAUGGAUUUUCACAAAGAGAAGUAUAAGAAAGAAACCAAAGAGAAAGAGCGAUUGAAAACCAAGUCUGCUAUUGUCUUACGUGGUGGGGAAAACAAAGAAGUGCGAUUCAAGGGGAAAACAGAACUAAAAGAUUUGGCAGUGAAAGCAGAUGCAAUUACCAGAUUAAUGGAGCGGGGUUACAGGGUGAAGUGCAUGGCCAUGCCCUCAGGUAAUGAAGGAGAAGAUUUAGGAGCACCACUAUCUCGGUUGUUAGGACUUAUACAAGAUGUGUGCAUUGUCGAAAGUGGUCCACACUUAGACUCGAAGCAUGCAUACGUUAUUGUCAGGCAUGUGAAGUUUGCAACAAAGAAGGGUGGAAAGAAAGCCAGCAAAGCCAUGGAAGAUGCUGGAAAAGGUACCCACAGUACUGCACCUGUUGCUGGUAAUGAUAGUGAAGAUGAGACAAUUGAAUGUGGUGGGGAAGCUGUUGAGAAAACAGCCACCCAUCACUCCAGUGAUUCUCCCAUCCAAAAAGAAGGGCAGGAUAGAAGAUUUAAAAGGGAGUUGAAUCGAUCGAAACCAGAUCCAGGGGCCAACCGUGAAAAAUUGCACAAUGCCAAUGCUGGGGGAAGCAGAAUGAAUCCUGGGCAGUGGGGACCACAAGCAUCUGAACGUAGACUUGGUGAUGUAAACCCUGGCAUGGAAAGGCCAGAGAAUAGCACGCAGGAUCAAAAACCUGGUGAAACAAACAGGUAUGCUGCUCGAAAACAGCCGAUGAGAGGAGAUAACAACCGAGGUUUCAACCAAGGAAGACCCGUGCAAGAUGGUAGAAGUGAAAAUGCAGGCCGUUAUGAAAACCAGAGACCUCCUCUGGAGCAGCAGCAUAACCGACCGUUACCAAGGUUCAACCAAGGUGGAUUGCCACAGGAUCCAAGAAACGACAGGAGAGGUCAUUUUGCAUCGAACAACAACAACCAAAGGCAACCUGCAGGUGGUGGUGGUUUAAGCAGCGAUCCUAAUCAAACAAGCAAGAGUUUUGGAAUCUUUAGUAGUACUCCAAAACCUGCCUCAUCUGAUAUGAGAAAGACAGAUGGUGCUGGUACUGCUAGUAAGCCUGGUAAUACCGACUCACCUAAAAGCUUUGGGAUUUUUAGUUCUAGGAAAUAAGUGAGAUAGCUUAGGGUUCUGUUCUACAGAAGACUGGGGAUAUUUAAUUUGGCGCAAUAAAUCCAAUCCUAGUUGUAUGGUUUGAACCUACAGACAUGGAUGGGGUGUUUUGGUAUUUUAGUAAGGAAUUGUGGAGGAUUGGCAUUCAUUUCAGCGUCAGCAGAUGUGUUGUUUCGGUGAUGAAAAAAAGGGACUUGUUAUAGGCAAACUUUGAGAAACAUUUUUUUCUUGUGGAGGAGCUCUUAGCUUGUUGACAGGUUAAAUUGCUACUAUCGCCUCGUUGGAAGAACAAUUGUAUUGAAAGCAGUGUACCAACCACAGGUUUCAUUUUCCAUACUAUAGUAUUUUUGUUUAGAUGGUUGCCAUGAUAAUCAGCUGUAUGAACAUGCGGAAGCUAAUGCAAUGUUAUUAUUAUUGUUUGGGGCC